UGGUUUAUCCUGCUUUAUCCUGGUUUAUCCUGGUUCAUACUGGUCUGUACUGGUCCGUACUGGUCCAUACUGGUUUAUACUGGUUCAUACUGGUUCCUACUGGUUUAUACUGGUCCGUACUGGUCCAUACUGGUUUAUACUGGUUUAUACUGGUUUGUACUGGUUUUGCAGUGUGACCCGGGCCAGGCGACGCAGCUGCUGUACGAGCUGCUGUACAGUCACUGGUCAUACUGGUUCCUACUGGUUCCUACUGGUUUAUCCUGGUUCCUACUGGUUCCUACUGGUUUAUACUGGUCUGUACUGGUCCAUACUGGUUUAUACUGGUCUGUACUGGUUUUGCAGUGUGAUCCUGGCCAGGCGACGCAGCUGCUGUACGAGCUGCUGUACAGUGACUGGUCAUACUGGUUCCUACUGGUUCUUAGUGGUCCAUACUGGUCCAUACUGGUUCCUACUGGUUUAUACUGGUCCAUACUGGUCCAUACUGGUUUCUACUGGUUUGUACUGGUUUUGCAGUGUGAUCCCGGCCAGGCGACGCAGCUGCUGUACGAGCUGCUGUACAGUGACCCCAUCAAGGUGGUGCUGAUGCCGGGCUGCAGCAGCGUGUCCACGCUGGUGGCCGAGGCGGCGCGGAUGUGGAACCUGGUGGUGCUGUCGUACGGCUCGAGCUCCCCGGCGCUCUCGAACCGGCAGCGCUUCCCCACGUUUUUCCGCACUCACCCCUCGGCGACGCUGCACAACCCCACGCGCGUGCAGCUCUUCAAGAAGUGGGGCUGGACCAAGAUCGCCACCAUCCAGCAGACCACGGAGGUCUUCACCUCGGUACCGUGCCCCAUAGCUGCCCCAUAGCUGCCCCAUAGCUGCCCCAUGGCUGCCCUGUAACCACACCGUGCCCCAUAGCUGCCUUGUAGCCUUACAGUUCCCCAUAACAGCCACCAUCCAGCAGACCACGGAGGUCUUCACCUUGGUACCGUGCCCCACGGCUGCCCCAUAGCUGCCCCAUAACCAGACACUGCCCCAUAGCUGUACCAUAACCGCAUGCUGCCCCAUAACUGCCACCAUCCAGCAGACCAUGGAGGUCUUCACCUCGGAACUGUGCCCCAUAGCUGCCCCAUAGCUGCCCCAUAGUUGCCCCAUAGCUGCCCCAUAACUGCACCCUGCCCCAUAGCUGUACCAUAACUGCAUGCUGCCCCAUAACUGCCACCAUCCAGCAGACCACAGA